CAUCCCCUCUUCCCCUUAGUAACCCUCAGCGGCGUCUCGGAGGCAGAAUCACAAGAUGGGUUUGUUAUCAAUUUUGCGGAAACUCAAAAGUACCCCUGACCAGGAGGUGCGGAUAUUGCUUCUGGGGUUGGACAACGGUGGCAAGACCACUUUACUAAAACAGCUGGCAUCUGAGGAUAUUACUCAUAUUACUCCAACACAGGGUUUUAAUAUCAAGAGCGUCCAGUCGCAAGGAUUCAAAUUAAAUGUGUGGGAUAUCGGUGGCCAGCGAAAAAUUAGACCUUACUGGAGGAACUACUUUGAGAACACAGACGUGCUGAUUUACGUAAUUGAUAGCGCAGACCGCAAAAGAUUUGAGGAAACCGGACAGGAGCUGGCUGAGUUACUUGACGAAGAAAAGCUCAGCGGUGUCCCGGUUCUAGUGUUCGCAAAUAAGCAGGACCUGCUCACGGCGGCCCCCGCGUCCGAGAUAGCCGAGGGUUUGAAUUUGCACACUAUCAGAGACCGCGUGUGGCAGAUCCAGUCCUGUUCUGCCCUCACAGGAGAAGGAGUCCAGGAUGGCAUGAACUGGGUCUGCAAGAGUGUGAACGCUAAGAGGAAAUAGAGCUGGUUUCCAAGCGGGAGGAAUAAAACCAUGACUUAAACAAACACUGUCAGUAGGUAUAAGAAAUGGAGGCAUCCCUUCAAAACCAUUUAAUUUCACUUUUGCCUCUCCUUUUGGGCCUGCUUCGGUCCAGUAUCCAUACGAUCCUAUCACUAGUCUUUUAAACCCAAAAUUAAGAAUGUACAUCCGAGUGAUUUCAGAUUUGACUUGUAUCCUUUAGUACACUUCAAAUCUUAAUUAAUUUCUGCCUUCAUUUCUUGAGAUGAAUGACUUGUGCUUUUAUAUUGAAUGUUAUAGUUAUUUAGAGGAUUUUGUUACUGGGACAUUUAAAAAGUGACAGCCUUCAUCAUUCAGUUCAACUGUUGUCCUUCCUUACUGGCAUCAUUCACUGAUAUAACACUCUCGUUACUCCAUCUAAGGUCAUAUUUUUAUAGGUUUACUGAGAGUAACAGAGAAAAGAAUUACGGUACCCAAAUGCAACAUACAACAGACGUCAGUAUAUACAAAAUAAAAGGGCACCACCAAUAUGAUGUUUUUGAUAAUUAAAUGUAAAUAAUGUCCAAAUAUCAGAUUAUUUUCUGCAUAUAUAAAUACUGUCAAAUUUUACAAAUCCAUAAUUUAAGGAUUUCUUAGAGCUCGAUAAUGUAAGUGGCCUGUACAGCUGUAAUCUAUACAUUGAAGAGUACAAGAGGACGUCUGCCGUCAUCACAUCAAGAUUAUUUCUGUAGCUUCUCUAAAUUUUGUGAUGUGUGUGAAACUGCUGAAGUAAAAAUCAUCCUGAAAACA